AUGGACGAAGCCGACUUUUCAGAAGACACAACCUGUAAACAACAGGAGGACUUGCCUUACGAUGGGGUCUUCUCUCAGAUGAAGAUGUGCAGCUCUUACAACCUUACCUCAACAAACAACACCCUCGCUGUCUGGGAAGACGUUGUUCUGUCAGGAGAGAACCCUCAGGAAAAGUCUGCCUGCUGUAAGAUGUGCCAGAACACAGCUGUGGGCUUGACUUCGGAUAAGGUCACUGCACACGUUGCCAACAACAGGCAGGAUAAAGAUAAACAGUGCACCUUGGCCUUUUGUGUUCCAGCUAAUAAAGGAGAUGCCUCAAAGUCACACGUUUCGGAUAUUUUACUCCAUCGACUCUCCAGGGAGCAAUUCUUAAGGGGGCAAGGCGUUGGCUAUGAAGGUCUCCCAGAGACCUUGAAUGCUGACCAACUUGAUGACUCAGCCAGUCUUACAAGUGUCAUUUCACGUUAUGGAAAGAACUACUGCCCCAAAGAACAAAGUCCAGAAUUCACUGACCAAACCAGUUCCAAAAGCGGUACAGAAGACAGCAGCCGGUCCGGCUUCUCUGCAGGCACAGCAGGAGAAAGUACCCCUUCCGUAGAAAGACCAGUGACUGCUGGGCAGAGCCACCAAGAAGCUGCAAGCUUUCCAAGCAGAAGUAAAGGUCCAGGUGAUGAACGCAGAAACUGCCAAGGGCAGACACCCCAGAGAUGGCUGACUGAAAAAGCAAGUUCAGGCCACCGGUUCAAAUACAGUCCAGGUCAAGUGCAUUACCAGCUUCCAGAUUUUUCUAGGGUUGCUCCCAAAGUGAAAAUCCCUAGAAAUACCACAACUAACAAACCACUUACAAUAGCUAACCAAGCCAGCUUUUCUCCUGGGUCGAGAAAUAAAUCAACGGUUGUGCAAGAUAGAUUAGGGACCAUGUCUAGGGCAAACUGUGUUGGAAGACAACAACCAGAGCUAAAAAGGAAACUUCCUGAACCUUCACAGCAAACCCAAAUAGAGCCUGCCACAUACACCUGCCAAGAAGCUCUCCCAGGUAUUAAAUCUGUGAAAUGUCACUUGAAGUUGACACCAACAACUCAGAGAGACCCUUCCCCAAAUCCUUACACAUUUCAAAAGAUCUCCCAAGGAAGACAGAUGUGCCAGAAACUGAAAGAACAGACUGACCAGCUGAAGACUAAGAUACAAGAAUUUUCCAAAAGAAUAAAACAGGAUCCUCUCUGCCAUUUACAAGACAUCAGACUGAUGACCAAGGAGCACACUGGCUGUGUUCCAGGACCCCGGAGCUCACGAAGAAGGGAGGUGGCAGGGCUGCCAGAGGCAGGGCCACAGGAAGUCGCCUCCAAGGAGCUCAGGGAGCUGGUCCCAAAGAUGAAACAGAAAAUGGAGAAAGGGGGCCAAGGAAGGACCAACUGUGGAAAGUUUUCCAGUACCAUCCAUGAGAAAACACUGCGCCAUGAUUCACCUCUCGGUUCUGAGCCGGGGCCCAGCUUCCGUCCUGAUUCUGGCACUGGACUGCAGCGUAAAAAAGGCGAGGACAGCAGCAGUGAUAGUCGGAACUCCCAGAGGGUCUGCAGUGAAGAACCACCAAGAGAAUUUCAUUAUAAAUAUGACACUCCAGGCCAGGAUGACUUAAAUCACCAUGGAGGAUAUACCUCUGCCCAGCCCCACUUCUUACACGAAAAUAAAAUGUCUUCAUCUUCUUGCUCAACAUCAGAAUGGAUCUGUUCCCAGAGAGUAAACUCAGAACCCUUUCGAGAUGAGCAUGAUUCCAGCCCAAGAAAACAUCCCAAGAUUUUCCUGACCUGUAACACAGACCCUACAACACCCCCGAACCACCUCCGCUUCCUCAGGAUUCCCGGAAUCCAAUCCUUAUGUGACCGUAAUAACAUGGAAGAAACAGAAUCUAAGAUUUUAAACUCGGCUUUGGACCAUGCCUUAAAGACAGCAACUGUAUUGAGAAAAACCACUGACCAAAUGAUUAAAUCCAUUGCAGAGGACCUCGCCAAAGUGCAUCAAUGGAGGCACCAACUGAAACACUACUAA